AUGGCGUCCCUCCGCUACAUCCUCCUGCUGCAGAAGGACGUCCCGAAGGCCGUGAAGUUCUACUGCCAGGGCCUGGGCUUGACGCCCAGUGUCUUCACCGAACGCUGGGCCGAACUCAAGGCGGGUGACGCCACAAUUGCUUUGAAAGCCGUGGAAGGGGAGGCGCUCUGCAGCGUGGGCUAUUCCCCCUUCCUGUCUUUUACCGUGGAAGAUCUGCAAGAAUCUGUGAUGAGGAUGGCAGACCUGGGAGGGACACUGGAUGGACCAAUAAGAUAUCCUCCACAGGGAAAG